UCCCAGUCCUGAGAUGGGCGAUUCUCGCAAAAGGCCGCUCGAUUCCGAUCCGGAAAAUGAACAAACUAAACGCUCACAUUUCAGUUCCGCAACAUUCCUGCAAAGUCAAUAAGCAAAAAUAAAAUUACAAAUAACUCAACGAACGUGAUAAAAAAAAAAAAAAAGUUAUAAAGAACAACAACAGCGCAAGCUAUAAAUAAAAGUAACAACAAAAAACACUCAAGUCAAAAAUUGUGAUAAAUACGACAAGCAAAAGCCCAAUAGUUAAAAGUAAAAGAAAAAACAACUACGACUGAUCGAUCAGACAUCAAACGAUAGCAGCUGGAUAAGUUUCGAAAGCAAUCAUCAAUGAGCCUUUGGAUACGCAGCUGAACUGAUUUGAACUUAUCUGAACUGAACUGAAGCGAAGAGAAGAGAGCGACAGAGUCAGAGCGAGAGAGAGAGAGAGAGAGAGAGAUAGGCAACUAAACUAAAGGAGGCUGAAUGUUUGUAAAUUGGAAGCGCGUUGAGUAGACAAUCUGAUAAUCUGAGCAACAGCAGCAAAAACUAUCAAUAUGUAAAUAAAUCAAAAAUAAAUGAAAACUCAAAGAGUACAACAACAAAAACAAUUCCGUCGCACACAAUCCAAAUCUAAGACUGAGCAGCAGCCAACAACAACAACAACAGCAAACUGCAAUCAUUAAUAGAGCAUUAGAGCAGCAUUUGGCAAUGGAUGGCAUUUUGAAUGUUGUCAGGGGCACAGCCUCGCAGCUGGAUACUGAAUUCUACACAGCAGCAGUAGCAACUGCACAGCAGCAACAUCAGCAGGAGCAGCAGCAGCAGCAGCAACAACAUUUUGCAUAUUCGUAUAAACAUUACAACAAUCCGCAUGAACAUUCCAAGACAAUCUUAGCAGCCAUGUCGCCCUCAUCAUUGCAUGGGCUAAAUAGCGCCAGCAACAGCAGUAACAGCAGCAGCAGCAACAUCAGCAGCAGCGGCAGCAAUCAUAAUGUUGCAUACUCAUUAGCCGUUCAUAACUAUAAGCAACAGCAACACCAGCAGCAGCAACAGCAGCAGCACGCACAAAGCUAUUCUAACUAUAAUCUAAGCCAUACUCAACUUAAUCAUCAGAUGGAACAACAACAGCAGCAGCAACAGCAAGAACUGCAGCAGCAACCACUUAGUCAGAAUGGUUCGCCAAAUUUAACGCCUGGCGGCAGCACAUCGCCAAUUGGACAGCGACAACAACAACAACUGGAUAAUCAUGUGACAACAGCAAUUGCAACACCAGCAACAGCAACAGCAGCAGCAGCAGCAGCAGCAACAGCAACUGGGCCGGCAGCUUCGACUGGUGGUGGUUAUAAACAAGCUUCAUGUUGGUGCUACGGUGAGUCAGUUUGUUCUGGAAUUGAGGUUGAAAUUGAAAAUAAUAACAAUAAUCAUAAUCAUCAUGGCGAUACCACAUUUCACAUGAAGAUACUGGUGCCAGCGGUGGCGUCCGGCGCCAUCAUUGGCAAAGGCGGCGAGACGAUCGCCUCGCUGCAAAAGGACACGGGUGCUCGGGUCAAGAUGUCCAAGUCGCAUGACUUUUAUCCAGGCACCACUGAGCGAGUUUGCUUGAUAACAGGCUCGCCGGAUGGGAUUAUGAAUGUGGUGGACUUCAUCAUGGACAAAAUACGCGAGAAGCCCGAUCUGGCCACGAAGAUAAUCGACACGGAGUCGAAACAGGCGCAGGAGCGCGACAAGCAGGUUAAAAUUCUAGUGCCAAACUCCACAGCUGGCAUGAUCAUUGGCAAGGGCGGCGCCUUCAUCAAGCAGAUCAAGGAGGAGAGCGGCUCCUAUGUGCAGAUAUCGCAGAAGCCGAAGGACGUCUCGCUGCAGGAGCGCUGCAUCACGAUCAUUGGCGACAAGGAGAACAACAAGAACGCCUGCAAAAUGAUUCUCUCCAAGAUUGUGGAGGACCCACAGUCGGGCACCUGCCUGAAUGUCUCCUAUGCGGAUGUCAAUGGCCCCGUGGCCAACUUCAAUCCCACUGGCUCACCCUAUGCCACCAAUCAGAAUGCCAUCAACUCGAGCACCGCCUCGCUGAACUCCCAGCUGGGCACGACAAUUGGUGGUGCUGCUACUGCAGCCAGCCUGCUGGUCAAUGGCACUGGCAUCAAUUUGUCGCUCAAUCUGGGCUCCCCCAAUCCCGCGCCCAACAUGGCUGUGGCCACGCAGCUGCUGGAGCACAUUAAGGUUGCUAUGCGCAAUGCUGGCUACUCGGAGACGGCCACCAACGAGGUGUGCGCCGCUCUCGGCGUGCUGGCCAAGUACGGCGUGCUGGGCAUGGGCGUGGGCGUGCCACAUGCCAACGGUGCUCAUCCCACGCUGGGCAACUACUUGGGAGUCACAACGUUGGAUCAGCAGACGGCUGCGGCCGCCUCGGCGGCAACGGCCGGCAAUGUCUUUGGCGCUGUGGGCGUGGAGCAGUAUGUGGCCGCGGCGGCUGCUGCUGCGGCUGCCACGCGGCCCACGCAGUCGCAACUGGAGGCUGCGGUGCAAUUCGAUGCAUUCCGCCAUCUGAGCUCAGCGACGACCGCGGCCACGCCCGUUUCGCUGAACAACAACAGCUUUGGACUGACCGGCGCCACCGGCACGGUGAGCAGUGCGCAGCUGGGCGCCGCGGCCUCCAUUGGUGGCCUGAGCAAGAGUCCCACUCCCGGAGAUCUGGGUGCCAAGGACUCCAAGAACGUUGAGGUGCCCGAAGUGAUUAUCGGCGCUGUCCUAGGUCCGAACGGUCGUAGUUUAGUUGAAAUUCAACAUGUUUCUGGCGCAAAUGUGCAAAUUUCCAAAAAGGGCAUAUUCGCACCUGGCACUAGAAAUCGCAUUGUAACCAUAACUGGUCAGCCGAGUGCCAUUGCCAAAGCGCAGUAUCUAAUUGAACAGAAAAUCAACGAGGAGGAGACAAAGAGAGCGCGUCAAAUUCCAUUAACCACUGUUGUUAACUAAUAGCUAAAAUUCUUCAUACAGCUGUCAGAGCUAGCAAGCAAGCAAUCAUGAAAGCAGCACAACAACAACAACAACAACAACAAACAAACAAACAAACAAAAAACAACAACAACUUGAUAGAUAAACUUAUCCCUAAUUCCUACACUUCUCCUAAAUCAAAUCAAACAUAAGCAAAAAACAAACAAAAAUGGGUUAUUUAUAUAAAAAAAAAACAAAAACAAAAAGAAA